AUCAAAGCCGUGUUUGUAUUCUGCUAAAAUAAGUUCAGUAUUUAACUUUAAGACAUGAUUUUCUUAAAAUGCUGAACUGUUGCACACUGGUCCAAAAUCCUCUUUUGUGAUGAAAUUAAAUUCUGGAUAUCAUUUGGAAAUCAAAUUGUGUUAAGUCUAUUUUAGUGUCGGCGUCACGUGAUCUGCUGAUGGUUGUCUCUCGUCUUUUACCUAAAGUUUGCACAGCCAAGCAUCUUUUAGUGCAUUUCAUUAGACAAGUUUUUAUUCAUUUCAGUUCUUUAAUCUCCCCCGACAUAAAUCCCAAAGUAAAGCUGCAGGUUGUUAAGAGGAAAAUGUGAAUGUUUGAAUCUGAUCCUCUCCAUGUCACACCGCAUUGAUGCAGUAAAUCAUGCAAAAGCAGCCUGGGCCCCGUUUUAAGUGCACACAAAACAUUCUUUCAGUAGGCCGACACUUCUGUUUAAAAAAAAAGUCAUUUUUAUUCCUCCUAUGCAAUCAAGUUUUAUGAGAAUAUCACUCUAUAUACUUUUCGCCUUACGAAUAUUUUUCAAAGUUAUCUAAUGAUAUGCAUCUGCAUGAUCAUGUUAAUGCAUUUUUGUGCAGCCCACCUGUCUUCUGAGGUGACUUCGCAGCAGAAGAUGGAGGACAGGGAGGAAGAGGAGGCUGGUGACACACAUCGGAGGUCGCUGUUAAUAGCUCAGACAGGACCAGAAUAGCAGGGCGUCGCGGGAGGAAAAGCGACUCUCUGCAUCCAGCAACCUCCCGUCUGAAACUUGGGUCUGGCCAAAAACAAGUUAAACAUCUUCCACAAUAACUCCUACUAAAUUAUAUACUCAACAUUUAAGGGGGAGGAGAAAAAAACCCGUAUUGUUUACUCGGUAAUAAAUUUGUCCUUGAUGAAGCGCGAGGCAAAUUACCGGAGUUCAAACCAGUGUGGCCCUACUGGGACUCCUCCUUCAGCAUCAUCAUCAUCCUCAUCUCCACCUUCCUCUCUUCUCACUCACCUCCUGUCUGCCCCCCUCCCUCCUCUCCUCCUCGUUCUCUCCUCCUCCUCUUCCUCCGCCGCCGCUGCUCCACUCGCCGCUCCGUCCCCGCACCACCGCAGUCCACGGCCCCGUCAGUGGCCGAGCCGCCGCCGCCGCCGCCGCGCUCUUCCCUCCCCGGUCUUUCUUCCAUGAUCCUCUCUCCUCCUCUUCCUCUCCUCGCUGUGAGCUGCGUCUCUGUCCGCCGGCGCCGCAUCAUCUGCAUCCCUAACAUGGGAAUACAAAGCGGUCGAUCUUCCAUCUAGACGGGAAGUCGCACCUCGCAGAGUCAAGAUGGGGGGCACAAUGAGCGAGGAGCCACCGGUCUCCCCCAGCUGGCUGAGCCCCGAUCCCACAGCGUGGGCCAGCGGGGCCCCGAUGGACAACAGCACCAGCUUGGGGUCGUUCCCAGCGGAGGACUCCCCACUCCGGCCCAGCCAGCUGCCACUGCUGGUUAACCCCUGGGACAUCGUGCUGUGCUCAUCGGGGACCCUGAUUGCCUGUGAGAACGCCUUGGUGGUGCUGGUGAUCUGGCAGAACCCGACGCUCAGAGCCCCUAUGUUCCUCCUGAUCGGCAGCCUGGCUCUGGCUGACCUGCUGGCCGGCCUGGGCCUGGUCCUUCACUUCACCUGUGCCUACCUGCUCCGCUCGGACUCGGCCCAGCUGCUGACGGUGGGCCUGGUGGUGGCUUCCUUCUCGGCCUCCGUCUUCAGCCUGCUGGCCAUCACCGUCGACCGCUACCUUUCGCUGUACUAUGCCCUCACCUACAACUCGGAGCGGACGGCGGCCUUCACCUACACCAUGCUGGUGCUGCUGUGGGGUCUCUCCCUGUGUCUCGGCCUGCUGCCGGUCACCGGGGUCAACUGCCUUGCCGAGGAGGUCACCUGCAGCGUGGUUCGACCUCUGACCAAGAACAACAUCGCGGUCCUGUCCAUCUCCUUCCUGCUGCUCUUUGGCCUCAUGCUGCAGCUCUACGUCCAGAUCUGCAAGAUCGUGAUGCGCCACGCCCACCAGAUCGCCCUGCAGCACCACUUCCUGGCCGCCACGCCCCACUACGUCACCACCCGGAAGGGCGUGUCCACCCUGGCCAUCAUCCUGGGCACCUUCGCCGCCUGCUGGAUGCCGUUCACUGUCUACUCCCUCAUAGCCGACUACACCUACCCUCCGCUGUACACCUACGCCACGCUGGUGCCUGCCACUUACAACUCGAUCAUCAACCCGGUCAUCUACGCCUUCAGGAACCAGGAGAUCCAGAAGGCGCUGUGGCUGGUGUGCUGUGGCUGCGUGCCGACCAGCGUGGCGCACCGUGCUCGGACACCCAGCGACGUGUGACCUCGGAGACCCCGGGCGGGUCGAGAAGGGUCAGCUCUGCUCCUCUGCUGGAGCCGUCCGGCGUUACGAGGAGGGCAGCGGCGUAGGGAUUGCGGGUGCAGCUCUGGUUGGAGACGCAGCAGCCCGCCGUGUCUCCCUGUCUUCCCAGCGCCAGGCCAAGAAGGUGGGCUGCAUCCUGCCCACUCUGUGUGUAUUGUUAAUUUCUACAGGAAAGCGCAUCCCCAUGUUCCGGUGCGCGUAAACAACGCACGCCCUCUGACAGCUCUGUAGCUUUACUUGUUUUCAUGAUGCACAGACAUGAUCUCCCAGCUGAUGAACAGCGGCUGAGCAACACUUGAAGCCCGUCUGGGGCAGCAGCAGCAGCAGCAGCAGCAUCCCGGUUGUUGCCGCCGCCGCCGCCGCCGCUGCUGCACUCUGGACGUGCGUCGAAAGCUGAGCAGACCCAGAGAGCUAAAAAUAGACCCGAUGCUCUCUGAUCCGCUCCACAGACGCCGGGGAAGAAAUCUAGCCUCUUUUUCUCCUCGCCUCGCCCAUUUCUUGCCCCUCCUCCUCCUCCCUGCUUUCUCUCCCCUCUCUUCUGGCUGUCGAUUGCGCAUGAAUGCGCAACAACAAGAAAGGCUCCAAACAGACCCGCCCUAGAAGUACCUGCCCUUUGUAUUUUUAUUAGUUUAUAUAUACCAAAUCAAAAAGAAAGCUUAUAUUUAACUUUUUUUUUUUAAAUCUAAAGGCAUCUCAGGAUCUAAUUGGAGAUCCAAUUCACCAAAGUUUUCCAGAAUAGCUACAUUUCUUGUGAUUGGAUCAGAAAGCUACCGGAACCAUUAGAUUUAAAGCAAAACCACACCAGAUUUUUCUUUAAAAUCAAUCAAACUCACUUUAGAUAUAUUUUCUAAUCUAUAAAACAUUUUAUUCCGGGUUGUAUCCGUUUCCACCUAAAAUGAAAUCCUGUAAAAAGGAAGCUUCCGCACCAACAUGCCUCUUGUGACAUCACAAAAGGUGUAAGGAGUCUGUCCAGAGUUCUUCUGACAAAACCCGUUUGUAUUACUGUUUCAUUUCCCCCCUCUACGUUCAUCAUUUCGAUCAAAUUCUUCAAUCAACAUAGGGUUGAACUUCUUGCUCGAAUUCAGAUCAGAAUCAGUGUUCAAAGUCGUCCAUCGUAAUCCUUGCUAAUUCCGUUUAGCUCGGUUCUUGUGCCUCUUGUGAUGUCACCAACCCAAAUAUAAAGAUGUAUUUUUUUCCUGUCAGCGACCUUUUUUAAAAAAAAAAAAAAAAAAAAAAAAAAAAGAAACAACUUUGUAUUUUGUGAAUCCAUGUUUUGCUACCCAGCUGUGUUCUUCUUGUCGGGGUGCAUCUGUUUGUGAGAACAAAAACAACACUGGACAGCAUCUUUAAACUAACGGGAUUAGCUGUAAUUAGCAUGCAACUAGCACAGUCCAGUGACAUGAGGUGGGCCGCGCGUAGCCACUGCAGGCUAUGUGCCGUGGCCGCCUGACUUCAUCGUGACCCAAAUAAUUUUGUCUAUGUACAAAGUACCACCGUGUACCUCACAUGUGCUGCAUUAUAAGAGCUAAAACUGUCGCACCAAGGUCAUGGGAGCUGUUAUUUGUUUUUUUUUUUUAAAGUUGCUUUUUGCUUUUAGCAUUACGAUACCUUGCGAAAGUUGUCACACUUUUAAACUUUUUUCACGUUGUAUCACGUUACAACUAGACUUAAAUGUGUUUCAUUGGUAUUUUAUGGAAAAAA